CGGAAUUUUACCAUACAUAUCGCUCACUCUUCGUUUGCUUGCCCCUGGAAACAAUGGCAACAUACGAUGUCGUUGAGAACCCCUCGGCGGUGGCUUCGCACCUCCCGAUAGACAGUACCCCCGAACCACCUGUGAAGCGCAGCCGCAUCAAGGAAUUUUACUUUGGCAUCCCCGGCAUUCUCACUGGCGCUGCCAUCGGGAUUGCCCUUGGCGCGCUAAUCCAAACGACGUCACCCAGCAAGGAGGUCGUGUCUUGGAUUGGGGUUCCGGGCUCUCUCUUCAUUCGCGCGAUCAAGUGUUUGGUCACCCCAUUGGUGUUUUGCAGCUUGCUUGUAGGCAUGGCGGACAUGUUGGCUGUAGGCAAGGCGUCCCGCAUAGGAUGGCGCACGGCUUUGCUGUACAUCACGACCACGAUGAUUGGGGCGACCGAAGGCCUCUUGUGGGUUUUGCUCUUCCGCUCCAGCUUUGGCAACAAGUCCAAGAGCAUUGAAGUCAAGGCCACCGAGUUUGCCUUUGCGUGCGAAGAACCCGGCCACUUCCUCACACAUGUCGGUGCCAACGUCUCUUGCGUGUACGACGAAAACUACAACAAGACUAGCACAUUUUCCCCGUCGUCUGUGUUUGUCGCCAACGACAUCCAUCGCAGUUUUGCCAAGAGGAACACAGGUUUCACCCAGCGCACGCUCUCCCAGUCAUUGCAAGGGCAACUCAAUGCGAUCGUACCGUCCAACAUCACGCAAGCGUUCGCGGACGCCACGUUGCUGUCCAUCAUCAUGUUUGCCAUCCCGUUUGGCGUGGCCAUUGCGCUCCUGCCCCGCGACUUGACGGUGGUCGCCGAUUUCUUCCGCGCCAUCAAUAUCGUCUUUAUGAAGAUGAUCACGUGGGUGAUUGCGAGCACCCCCAUCGCCAUCAUUUCCCUUUUGGCGUCGUCGAUCUCUGCACAAUCCAACUUGAAGCUGCUCGUGUCGGACGUCGGUCUGUUCGUGCUCUGCGUGCUCCUCAGUCUCUUCGUGCACACGUACAUCUUCUACCCUAUCUUUCUUCGGUCGUUUGUCAAGACCAACCCGUACAAGUGGAUCAAUAAGAUGGCCCGCGCCCAAACGUUCGCGUUCGGCUGUGCGUCGUCCAUGGCCACGCUUCCCGUGGUGAUGGAGUGCGUUGACGCGACCCGCGAAGUGUCGCAACCCCUCUCUCGCUUUGUCUUGUCCCUUGGCGCCACCAUUGGCAUGGACGGAGGUGCCCUAGUCUACCCCAUUAGCAUUGUGUUCAUGGCGGAAGCCGAAGGCAUUGGCCACAUCAUUGGCACGACUGAGUACUUCUUGAUCGUUCUCGUUUCCACCAUCGGUGCCGUGGGUGCUGGUCCUGUGCCUGCUGCCGGCAUCGUGAUGACCAUGACGAUUUGGGCCAGUGUCUUCUCCAGCGUGCCCCUGCCUUCGACCUUCGCGUUCAUCGUCGCCACAGACUGGUUCAUUGACCGGUUCAAAACGUUAGUCAAUGUCACGUGCGACACGAUCGUUUGCCGCAUUGUUGCCGAACUAGUGGGGGAAACCAUCGAAGACGAGGACCGCGUUAGCCUGGUGUCUGCUGUCGACGACUUGGCUAGCCACAACCCCAAGGUCAAGAAAGCCCUUGAAUCGUCCAAUGCGUAGGUCGCCGUUGCGAUUCCGUGUUUGGGCAUUGUGUAGCAGUACAGUAGUACUGUGUUUCGUAUUAAUAUGUCCAUUAACUGUAAAAAAAUGACUCGAUUUGUG